CCAUGACGCGCCUGCUUCCGGAGCCCCCUCUCCUGCCGACUCCUCCCGUCUCCCCGACACUUCUCGUCCCGCGCCUGCUUCCAGUCUCUCCGACACUACCAACCGCGCUCCACUUUUCCACGCCACCUCCCACACCUAGGCCCUCCAAGCGCAAGAAUGACGCCGACGAAAACGAAGGCCCGCCGACGAAGCGUUGGAGGUCCGGCUCGACCUGCGAUGGUGACUGCUUUUUCUGUCGCGCGUGGCAGAAGCAGUGCCGGGAGGAGUGACCCGUGG